GUAGCCCACACACCAGAUAUCAUUAAAUUUUUACCACCAAUUGCACCAAUUGGAAAAAAAAAAAUAAAUAAAACAAUCCACUCAACUCCAAUUAAAGACAUCAGGACCAAUCGAUAAAUCGUUGAUCAUUAAAUUUUCUCUGUUGAAUUCUUGAUAAUUAACUUGUGGCUUUAAAAUUCCGAUCGUUAAUUGAAUUAAUAAAAAAUAAGGUAAAUUUUGCGGAUAAUCCGUGGGACACCGGAGUUUAAAUUGUGUUGUCCUCGGGGAUGAUGGGGCUUUGAUCCUCCGGUGAUUUUGGGGUUUUUCCUAUUAUCGCGGAUUCCCGCGUUUUUGGUCGCCGUUGGUUAUGAAUUUUUGGGUGAUAUGGCAACGGUAACGAGGUACUGCAGGAGUCAGGGUGAUAAGGAUGCCGUUAUCACCUCGACGAAUUGUCCGCCGAGCAGCUUUCCUGAUAAGUUUCAGGACUUCUUCGCUGCACUCAAUGAAGACACCGAUGAUCUGCCCACUAUGCUAGAGGAUAAACUCAUACCUCGGAGGACUGACAGUCCGGAUGCCAAGAAAAAUAACACGAGGUGGGGAAAACGUGCGUUUCAACGUCGAAGUAGCGAAAUCGAAGUCCGAUUGCAUGGAGGAGGUCAUUCUGGAGUUGGACAAUCGCAUUCUAUCACGGAAUCUUCUAAAUCGCCAACAGGAUCACGCAGAAGGAGCUGCAGCAUCGCCGUUGCCAGACCAACACCGGAUCUGCACAGGUUCCUGCAGGCAGAGGCAGGCCCCUGGGGGCACUUAUCCCCAUCCCCGAGGAGUCCCACCAGAAACAGCAUUCUGAGUCCUGGGGCUGUCUCGAUGACACCCCAUUUGAGUCCUAGUCCAACAAGUCCAUCAGCUCCUGGCACCGCCUCCAGGACACGCCAGGACCGACAACAACGGGGAAGGACCAGCAGUAUGCCUGCAGUGCCUAGACACCGACCGAUGCUCGCGGAUACGAAACGCGGGGGAAUUUUUGGAGACGCCGAGGACGAGGACGACGUGGAGUAUUAUCGGCUGAGAUCUUUCUCCAUAACUGCCAAUGGAGUUUUCAAUCUUGGAGAUUCCCUGAAGACCCGAAGGAGCAAGAGCAUCAACAGCGUCACAUCAUCAGGAACAAGUUGCAGCAGCACCAGAGACGCCAGAUUACUCAGCUCAGCAUCUCAGCAGUCGUGUAUCGAGGCAGAUGAUAACGCUGAUAAUGAGAACAAAGUCACUAGCUACAAGGUUGGCAUGCUGGGGGCUUCUGGAGUUGGAAAAACAGCUCUCACUGUACAAUUCACCACUAGCGAAUAUAUUUGCGCUUAUGAUGCUUCUCUUGAUGAUGAAUACGGGCAGAAGAGUGUGUCGGUGAUGAUUGACGGCCAGGAAACUGAGCUAGAGAUCAUAGAUCAUCCGGCAUCGGAGAUGGCAGUGGAAAGUUUCUGCGCGACGUACAAUCCCGACGUGUACGUGGUUGUCUACUCCGUGGUGGACAGACGAAGUCUCAAAACCGCGGAAGAGACACUCCUUUAUCUCUGGAAAGGUGACUACAUGGCCACCCACGGGGUCAUCCUCGUCGGCAAUAAAGUUGAUCUAGAGAGGAAACGAGAGGUUCCAUCCAUGUUGGGCAGAAGACUCGCCAACACUUGUGGCUGCAAAUUCAUCGAGACAUCCUCAGGUCUUGCCCACCACGUGGAUGAGCUCCUGGUGGGAGUUCUAGCCCAGAUAAAACUAAAUCCUCAACGGGCACGGGAUCAAGUGACAAGACGGAGAAGAAGCAAACAGCGACGUAAAAUCCUGAAGCAUCUCCUGGGAUUCAAGAGAAAAACCAAAAGCUGCGAGAAUCUAUUCACCCUCUGAUUGGAAAUUAGAAUAAUCUCUUCAU